AUGAUCCGUCCUCUUGUCUCGCUCGCCUGGGCGGCAACCUUGUUUGCCGUGGAAGUUGUCGCGUCCCUCUCUAAAUCCCCUUUCGCAAAGAGAGAAUGGGGGAACCGCAACCGCUUGAGGUGCGAGACAGCCUCAUUUACCGGGAUUCUCCCUCCAAACGUGACCAUUGAGACGGUAGCAGCUGUGCCGGAAGGGGGCAGCUAUGGCGAGGGGAGUUCCAACAUCCCGUACCCAGUCAUCCCAACCAACCUCCCGGCACUGUGCGCCGUCACGGUCCGUGUUCGGAGCUCUCCCAGCAGCGGCUACCGAUUCGGGCUCUUCCUGCCCAACGAGUGGGACUCCCGGUUGCUCGUCGUAGGCAAUGGCGGGUUCGCGGGGGGGAUCGCCUGGUCCGAGAUGGCAUCCGGGCCCCAUUUUGGCAUGGCCACCAUUUCAACCGAUACAGGGCAUAGUUCGAGCUCCACAGACACGUCCUGGGCGUUGAAUCAACCUGAGCGGAGAGAAGACUGGGGUUGGCGAGCGAUCCAUGGCUCGACCGUCCUCGGCAAGCAGCUGGUACAAGCCUACUACGGCAACAAGCCGGUCCGCUACUCGUACUAUAGCGGCUGCUCGACGGGAGGUAGACAGGGGCUCAAAGAGAUCCAGAACUUCCCGGACAGUUUCGACGGCGCAUUGAUCGGUGCUCCCGCGUGGUGGACCUCGCACGUGAACAACUACUUGACCCAAGUCGGCAUAUGGAACCUGCCCGCCACUGAUCCCAAGCACCUCACCGCCGCUCACCUGUCCCUAAUCGCAGCGGAAGUAGUGCGUCAAUGCGACGGCCUGGAUCGCGUCAAAGACGGCAUCGUCAGCAGCCCAGAGUCUUGCAGUCCCGAUCUGACGACGCUCCUCUGCGCGAGGCCCGGCCAAAACACAUCGACCUGCCUAAACCGGGCCCAGAUCAUGACAGUGCACAACCUCUACAACCCGUACGUCUCCUCAACCGACCGCUCGCUACUGUACCCGGGCUUCACGCCGAGCUCGGAGGCGCAGUGGGGCUGGGCAUUCGGAUCCAACGUCGAGCCGUCGCCCUAUGGGGUGGGGUACCAGCGCAACUUCCUGCUUGACGACCCGACGUGGGACUGGCGCAGCUUCAACGAGAGCCUCAUCGCUCUCGCGGAGCGCACAGACCCGGGCAAUGCCACGGCCGACGACUAUGGCGCGCUUGCCGCCUUCCGCCGCCGAGGCGGCAAAAUGAUCAUGUACACGGGCCUGGCGGACGGCCUGCUCCCCGCGCAGGGCACGCAGCUGUACUACAACCGGACCGUCAACGCGCUCGGUGGUGGUGGUGGUGGACGUGGACAUGGACGGGGCAGCGGGGUGCAGGAUUUCCUCAGGCUGUUUCUUGUCCCCGGCUUGCAGCACUGCUUCAGCACCGCCGUGAACGCGCCGUGGGCCUUUGGGGCGGCAUUUCAGGGCGCAACCAUCAUGGGGCCUGGGGUGUGGUCGGUGCCCGGGUUCGAGGAUGCCGAGCACGACGCCGUCCUGGCGCUGGUGGAUUGGGUGGAGCACGGGAGGCCCGUCGACAAAAUCAUCGCGACGACAUGGCGCGAGCCGCUGAACCCGGCAUCCGGGGUGCUCAGGCAGCGGCCGAUUUGUCCGUGGCCGCAAAAGGCUGUGUAUAAGGGGUAUGGGAAUGUCGAUAGAGCUGAGAGGGUUGGGAAGGGCAUCAUUGCAUCGUCGACUGGCUUGCUCCUCAAAACUCUCGGUCUGCGCGUCAGCUGCAUCAAGAUUGACCCCUAUGUCUCGGUCGACGCCGGCCUCAUGGCCCCCGCCGAGCACGGCGAAUGCUUUGUUUUGUGCUCCGGCUCUGAAGUAGAUCUUGAUCUUGGCAACUACGAGAGAUAUCUCUCGGUGCGCCUCACGGGCGAGCACAACAUCACGACCGGCAAGGUCUAUCUCAACGUCAUCGAGAAGGAGCGCCGUGGCGACUACCUUGGCAAGACGGUGCAGAUCGUACCACAUGUCACCGACUUUAUCAAAGACUGGCUGAAGAGGGUUGCCAAGAUCCCCGUCGAUGGCUCAGCAGAGGAGCCUGAUGUCUGCAUCAUUGAACUUGGGGGAACCAUUGGUGAUAUAGAGAGUAUGCCCUUUAUUGAGGCGUUGACGCAGCUGCGCCAUGAGGCUGGCAGCGGCAACUUUAUGACCAUUCACGUAUCAUAUGUACCUAUGGUGCAUGGAGAGCAAAAGACGAAACCUACUCAGCACGCAGUCAAGUCGAUCCGUAGUCACGGCCUGAUUCCGGAUAUCGUUGCGUGUCGCUGUGAGCAGCCCCUCGCCGAAGCGACAGUGUCCAAAGUUGCCCUCCACUGCCAGGUCGAGAAGGAGCAGGUCAUCGUAGUGCGGGACAUGCCCACUAUUUACCAGGUUCCUCUCCUCCUCAGCGAGCAAAAGCUUGUUCCGCAACUCCGGUCCAAGCUAGCCCUGGACAAGAUCGACAUUCCUCCCGCCAUGGUUGCCCAGGGCGAAGAGCUCUGGUCUAUGUGGAAAACGAUUGUUACUCCGAAUUAUCAAGAAGAACUUAGGAUAGCGCUUGUGGGUAAAUAUGUCACAUCCCAGGAUGCGUAUCUCUCAGUUGUCAAAGCGCUUGAGCACUCGGCGAUGCGCAUUCGCCGGAAGCUCCAGUUGCUCUGGAUCGACUCGGAGGAUCUUGAGCCGACGAGCAAAGGAGGGCCCGCACAGGCCAAGUACCACAAGGCCUGGCAUGAGGUUUCCACCGCGGCAGGUAUCAUCGUACCAGGUGGUUUUGGCCACCGUGGGACAGAGGGCAUGAUGAGAGUCUCCAAAUGGGCCAGGGAAAAUGAUAUUCCCUUCCUGGGCGUAUGUCUUGGUUUCCAGGUUGCUGCCAUCCAGUUCGCCCGCGAUCUAUGUGACAUGCCGGAAGCCACAUCUGAAGAGUUUGAUUCCCAAGCCAAGGACCGUGUGGUCGUCUACAUGCCUGAGCUCGACCGGCAGAACAUGGGCGGCACCAUGCGCCUUGGACUGCGGAAAACCAUCUUCCAGGAGGGUACUGAAUGGUCCAAGGCGCGAUCUUUGUAUGGCGGUGUCGAGGUCAUUGAGGAAAGGCAUCGGCAUCGGUACGAGAUCAAUCCCCAGCUCGUAGACAAGCUUGAUAACGCCGGUCUUCACUUUGUUGGCAAAGACGAGACGGGCGAGCGGAUGGAGAUUUUUGAGAUCAAAGACCAUCCGUUUUUCGUUGGGACACAAUUCCAUGCCGAGUACCAGUCACAAGUGGUCAGCCCUAGCAGACCAUACCUCGGCUUCGUAGCUGCGAGUGCAGGCUGCCUGGAUGAAGUUUUGAAGCAGCAGCCAGUCGAGGUGUUCAAGGCCCCUGUGGUUAAUGGAACCGCCGAAUGA